GAUUUUAUCGCAACAGCAGGCACAAACUCUGACAGUACUGAGAGGAGCUCAAAUACAACACACCCACGGCUUGUGCGCACACAUGCACUCUCGCCCUCUCCCUUUCUCUCCAGUGCACACAUUUCAUGCAAGCUACAAAGCAGCUGACCUUACAACAAAGCUGCACAGUGCACAGAGGAGAGUGGGGUGAAAGGAGAGGAGAGGUGACAGCUCUUAGUCAGUUAGCAGUGUGUGACUAACUCUCCUGGAAAAAGUCUGCGUGACAGGAGCAGUUGGGGGGGGUGGGGGUGAUAAGGACAAGACAAUAACUGCAACACAAAAGAGGGGAAAAGCUUCCAACAGUUAAGAUGUUUGAGGAUUGCUGCCGACACGCAAGUGAUGUAUUCCUUUGAUGGCACCGGACACCAGGGGACGUAGUCGCCAGCGAGUGAAGGAAUGAAGUUUAUGUGGACUGACAAAAAUCUGGAGACUGUACUCUGUGAAAAGCUCAUCUUUGCCCAAUUUCUGUAUAUCUCACAAAAGCGUUGGUGGAGCAGUUUUCGCAUUUUUCAGGACUGUCUGCUGUGAAUGCCAUGCCCCUGUUCAGCUGGAUGAAGUGGUCACAUGAGACAAGAGAGCAGACUCAGGAUGAAGCGCCACCUCUUCAGACCUCGGGGGUCGUGCCCAGUCGCAUGUUGAUCAGAGAGCUCCUGUGGCAUGUGGAGGAACGUGAACAACUGGCGAGGGAACUGGAGCGAGAGCACAGGCUGGCCCACAGUGCCCUGGGUCUCCGCUGGUUUCAGAAGUACCCUAGGUUACGGACCCUCAUCCCCACGUCGGAGCUACACCAGCUGGAGUUCCUUUGUGCCCAGAUCCCACCUAUCCACGCAGCCACCGUCCUCUCCAGGUUUCGUGAGGUGCUCGCCACUAACAACAUAAGGCCCUGGGAGCUGGCGUCUGUCUUCAAGCAGGUGCUGAGGGACUUCCUGAGCCAAAAGCAAUAUGAUGAAGAGGACGACCUCUCUGUGCAGCCGGCGCAGCUCCGACCAAUGGAGGCCUGGACCAGCCGCUACAAAAUGAAGCAGGGCUUUGUCACACCGACAGUCCCCAACUGUGGAGACCACCCGAGGGAGGAGAUCCCAACAAUCUCUGGAUAUGUGGACCGGGCCAUGCGGCAUUCCAGUUCAUUCAGAGCCAACAGAGACUGGGACCUUCCAUAUUACUAUCCCGUUCCCCUAAGGCCCAAAGGGGCGUACAGCACUACAUUGUGAGAGGACACACUGCUCAACAUGUCUGCAAUCUUGUGUUUAACACAAGGAAAAACAGUCUUCACAUCCUCAGCCUCAAGGCGAGAUUCAGAAACUUGGUUAUUUGUAUUAGUCUUAGAUAUUUCAAGGCUUGUGACCAAAAUGCAUUUCAUUACAGAACUAGUUUUUUUUGCCUGCCUGCUCUUUAUAAUCCUAUACUUCUGAGUGGUCCUUUGUAGUCCUGAAUACAAACCUCUAUUAGGCUUUGGAGCAUGUGGAUGCAUUUCAAAAGGUAGUCAAUGUGAAAACAUGCACAACCUGGACCAAUGGGGUCACAGACUUUUUGGCUUGUGAGUCUUUAAAGUGAAGGAGGGCGUACCUGUACCUACACCUGCAAGUUCAACCAAAGAUUGAUAUUCCCUCCUCACACCGUUUCAUCUGAACAGUUUUUAAAGCUCUAAAGAAGUAAAACUAUUAAGUAGUUAACAAUAAAAAUGCAAAGAUUAGAGGAAAUGCUGAAAAAAUAAACAGAAUUUGU